AUGGCAGCCCAAGGAGAACCUCAAGUUCAGUUCAAGCUUGUUCUGGUUGGUGAUGGUGGUACUGGUAAAACAACAUUUGUAAAACGUCAUUUGACUGGUGAAUUCGAGAAAAAAUAUGUAGCCACACUUGGUGUUGAAGUCCACCCUUUGGUUUUCCAUACCAAUAGAGGUCCUAUUAAAUUCAAUGUAUGGGAUACUGCUGGUCAAGAAAAGUUUGGUGGUUUGCGAGAUGGAUAUUACAUCCAGGCUCAGUGUGCCAUUAUCAUGUUUGACGUAACAUCAAGAGUCACAUACAAGAAUGUACCCAAUUGGCAUAGAGAUCUUGUAAGAGUAUGUGAAAAUAUCCCCAUAGUCUUGUGUGGCAACAAAGUGGACAUUAAGGACAGAAAAGUCAAAGCAAAAUCAAUCGUAUUUCAUAGGAAGAAGAAUCUUCAGUACUAUGAUAUCUCUGCGAAGAGUAACUACAACUUUGAAAAGCCCUUCCUUUGGCUUGCCAGAAAACUGAUAGGGGAUCCCAAUCUUGAGUUUGUAGCCAUGCCUGCUCUUGCACCACCUGAAGUGGUUAUGGAUCCCACAUUGGCUGCACAAUAUGAGGUUGAUCUACAGGUUGCCCAGACCACAGCACUGCCAGAUGAAGAUGAUGAUCUGUGA